AUGCACAAAUUCAUCGCGCACAACUACCAACACCACCACCCCUCUCAAUUCAUUUCUACAUCUGUUUCUUCCUCUGCUUCUGUAUCCCGUCGCUCAGCAUGUGACCGCUGCCGGGGCCAGAAACUGCGCUGUAUCCGGGAUGUCUCUGGCGGACUGGACUCAGCAGCAGCAGCAGGAGGAGGAGGAUGUCGACGCUGUCUAAAAAUGGGCGCAGACUGCCAAACCACCAUGACCACCAGCAAGAGAAAUGUCAAGAGAGGAGGAAUAAUACAGCGCCGCGAACAGCAGCAGGACAAAGAAUACAAAGAAUCUGCGUUGUCAACGUCUGAUAUCGAGAAUAAUAUCAUACCACCACCACCACCACCAGCGGCGGCCACCACCAAUACAGAUACAAAUAAUUGGCUGUCGUGGGAUCUUCCGAGUUUGAGUACACUCGACGAAUCUAGAGAUUCUGAAAUGUACACUUUGGAUGAUGAUGAUGAUGAUGAUGAUGAUAAUAAUAAUAAUAAGAAUGGCCAGUUUGAUAUGCUAGCAGACAACGAAGAGUUUCAAAUAUUCGAUCCGAUGCUGUUUGGCGACGGGAGUCUUUUUUUGCAUGAUGAUAAUGCAGCUGAGCUUGUACAACAACAACAACAACAACAACAAGAACAAGCAGAAGAAGAAAAAACAGCAGAUAAAAAAGAGGAAGAAAAAGAGGAAGAAGAAAUAAACCUGCACACUAUCGCAUCCAUCCUCGAGCAAUACCUGGUGCAAAUCAACGCCGGACCGCCGGAAAUAACCCUCGCCAAAAUUCUUUUUACAACGUCCCCUUCUUCUGCCAAUGGAGAAGAAAAAGAAGAAGAAAAGAAAAACUGCUGCCAGCGCGCACAUACCGUCGACUCGAUCCUACAGCACACAACACAUUUCAUCAACAUUCUCAAGGCUACCGGCGAAAAAGAAACACAAACGCUUCUUCGCAUGCUAGCCAUAUACACAACCAUACUCAAACUGUUCCUGAUCAUCUUUGCGCACGUACACAUCUUUCUGGAGGAUGCUACUACUACUGCUGCUGCUGCUGCUGCUGCUGCCAUUCCAGCUGGAAAAAAGAAGAAUAACAAAAUAACCGCGCUAGAACCCAUUCCAGAUGUGCAAUUCAUCGGUUUUGAUAUUCAAUCGGGUCAUUUACAGGUAACACUAUUCAUGCAGAUAGUCACGCAUCUCAUUCGAUCAAUGGAAUCUCUAUUGGGUAUUCCUUCAGAGUACAUGCUUGAGCAUAACAUCAAAGUAGCCCAUGAGAAUGACGGGAUGGCAGAGAUUAUAAAUGCUGUCAUGCACAGAGAAGCUCAACGAACAGAUGCUGUGCGUGGGUAUGGCGGGGUGUCCGCGUUGAGAGACGAGAUGGAUGCUAUUAAACAGUUGCUAGAGCAUAUUCCUCUGUGA